AUGACGAAUAUAAGCAAUGUGACUGAAUUUGUCCUCUUAGGCCUCUCCCAGAAUCAGAAGCUGCAGAAAAUGUGUUUUGUGCUGUUUUUAUGCUUCUAUGUAAGCAUUGUUCUUGGAAACCUCCUCAUUGUUCUCACUGUAGUUAGCAGUCAGCGUCUGAACUCACCCAUGUAUUUCUUUCUGAGUUACCUGUCCUUUGUAGACAUCUGCUACUCUUCUGUCACAGCCCCCAAAAUGAUUGCAGACUUCCUCACUGAGAAAAAAAUAAUCUCCUUCAUUGGCUGUAUAGCACAGCUGUUUGGAGUCCAUUUCUUUGGCUGCACUGAGAUCUUCAUCCUCACAGUGAUGGCCUAUGAUCGCUACAUUGCAAUCUGCAAACCCCUCCACUACACAACCAUCAUGACUAGGCGCGUAUGUGGCCAGCUGGUGGUGGCCUCGUGGGUAGGGGGCUUUGUGCAUUCCAUGGUACAGACUCUUAUAACCACCCACUUACCCUUCUGUGGGCCCAAUGAGAUUGACCAUUAUUUCUGUGAUGUUCACCCUUUGCUACAACUGGCUUGUACUGACACCUAUAUUGUCGGCAUCAUAGUUGUUGCUAAUAGCGGGAUGAUUGCUUUGGGUUGUUUCCUUCUCUUGGUUAUAUCCUACAUUGUGAUCUUAAUCUCCUUGAGGACACGUUCUUCUGAAGGGCGUCAUAAAGCUCUCUCCACCUGUGGCUCCCAUAUUGCUGUAGUGAUUUUAUUUUUUGGGCCUUGCACGUUCACCUACAUCCGCCCUUCUAGCCACUUAUCAGAGGACAAGAUGGUUGCUGUGUUCUACACUAUUAUCACCCCCAUGCUGAAUCCGCUGAUCUACACAUUAAGAAAUGAGGAGGUGAAAAGUGCCAUGAGAAAAUUAUGCAGCAGAAAAGUGAUGUCAGAUGGGAAAUCAAAAGGGUGA